AAAAUCUCUCCUUCUCUCCAUACAUACACAGCAUACAUACACAGCAGAAAGACAUUGUACGGCUGUGUAUGCAGAGUCAGGAGAGCAGGAAUUACAGAGAGAGCGCCCCUUUUCUCCAGCUUUAAUGGCGUGAGACAGUGUGUAAUUGUGUGCUACUACAUUAUACCGUUGUAGUAUAAUCAAUUAAGCAAUCCUUUCAUAUUUGCAUGCUACACCAUCUCUUUUCCAGAAAUUAAUCCCUAAACCGAAACCACCUAAAAGAAGAAAUAAAUUAAAGCAGAAACCAAAGUCCUUUUUUCCUUGAACCGAAAACAAAAUCAAUGCCUUUUCAAAUCUCACUGCCCCACUUUUCCAUAAUUAUCACUCCAACUUUCGCUGAAAAUCGCUAAAUCUCUUUGUAUUUUGAUUAUUGUGUUUUUUUUCACCUUUGAUUUGUUGUUCAAUCUAGUGUUGUAAUUUUUCUAGUUUUUGUGUGUGUGGGGGGUUUCUCUGUUUGUGUGUGUGUGUUUUAGCGCUUGUUGUGUGCGUGUGUUUUUGUGAUGUUUGAGGGAGUGAAGAUUCAUCCCAAGGCUGCGGAGAGCAUGAAGGGAGACGAUGAUGAUGAGCUGGAAAUGUUACUCGGUAAGAUCUCUCCUGCAACAGAACCCUUUAAUCUCCAUUCCGAUGCACAUCGCCAUCAGCAUCAGAGUAGUAAUCAUGUCGAUCGCGGCUGUGGUAAUGGAUUUCGUUAUGGUCAUGCAUCACGUGUGGUUCACAAAAGGAAUAGCCAUGGCUGUGGCUAUGACGACGGUGUAGAGCUCUUUGAGCGCACCUAUGCGCGUGAGUCUUCUUCCCCUGUUAGUGGAUUUCCUGUGAAACCUACCGAUGGUUCUUCAUCGAGUCUGUUCCGUGGCGGCGCGCGGUCAUUGUAUGGGACUGGAUCGCAUUUGGAAGAACUGAAAGCCUUUUGGCCGGAUGAGAACAAAUUGUUCGGUGAUUUUGAUUUGUCGAGAAAUUUUAGUAAAAUGUACGUUACUGAUGAGGAGGAGUUCCCUAACGGUGUCCAAUCUUGUGAGGCAGCUCCGAAUGGAGGGGUUCUGAUGAAUUUUGAGAGUUACGAGGCGUUUGAUGAUCAUAGGAAGGGGUUUUUGGGGCGCAGGGGGUUUAGCUUCUCCAGUGCCAGAGGGCAUUCCAGGAUUCAGGGGGAGAACGGUUCUGCAUUUUUGGAAAUGCAGCGUGAUUCGAGGAGUGGUGAUCUGUGGCAUUCACCUGGUCGGUUUGAUGGAAUGUUUUCCCCGUCAGGUUUUGGAGGUAAUGUGUUUGGAGAUGGCAGUUACCCUCAGGGGUUUGUGGUACCGGGUGUGUCCUCGGGUUUAAAGAGGUCUUCAGUUGGUGACACUUUUCGUUGUGCUUCACGAAAUGGGAUGAAUCUGGUUGACGGAAGGGAUGCUUUUUAUUCACCUAAUGUGGUUCAGUUGACGCACAUUCUGCCACGUUGUGGUGAAGAAAAUGUACUACAGUACCAGCCAUCAGUGCCUAAUGGACGAACCAAAGUGCCUCCCCACGUUAGAGUGCCUCAAGUGGGUAUUGAUACCUUUUCCAGUGAGGAUUGUUUGAUCAUUCAGGGGGAGGGUGUAAAUUAUGGGAUGGAUAGAGGACACAAGCAUUUAAGGGGAAACAAUCCGAGGGGCCUUCAUCAUCAGAAGAAUGCUGCUGAGAAGACUGAAGAGAGGUUGCUGCUAAAUGGCUGUCUUGGUGUUACUGCAGUUCGUGAUGGUUACCACAGUCCAAGGAUGGUCUGUCCUCCCUCCGUACCUUCAAAGUGUAGCUCCCUUGCAGAGGCUCAGGGAUUCAUACAUGACAUUGCAAAGGACCAUCAUGGUUGUCGGAUUUUGCAAAGGAUAUUUGAACAUGGAACUUCUCAAGAUGUGCAGAUAAUAUUCAAUGAGAUAAUUGACCAUGUUGUUGAGCUUAUGGUUAAUCCAUUUGGAAACUAUCUUAUGCAAAAAUUGUUGGAAGUAUGCAAUGAAGAGCAGACAACACACAUAUUGCUAAGGUUGACUGAGGAGCAGGGGGAACUUGUUAGGAUCUCUCUGAACACGCAUGGCACUCGGGUGGUUCAGAAAUUAAUCGAGACACUUAAAACAAGACAACAAGUAUCACUUGUUAUCUCAGCUCUUGAGCCUGGUUUCCUUGCACUUAUCAAGGACUUAAAUGGUAAUCAUGUUGUUCAGCGGUGCUUGCAAUGCUUCACUAAAGAAGAUAGUAAGUUCAUUUUUGUUGGUGCUGCAAAGUACUGUCUGGAUAUUGCAAUGCACCAGCAUGGGUGCUGCGUUCUGCAGCGAUGCAUCACACAUUCCACGGGAGAAUUUCGAGAAAAUUUGGUUGCUGAGAUUUCAGCAAAUGGACUCCUACUUGCUCAAGAUGCAUUCGGAAAUUAUGUCGUUCAGUUCAUUUUGGAACUCAAGAUCCCAUCCGCCACAUCCAAGCUGACACGCCAGUUUGAGGGUAACUAUGUGCACCUAUCAAGACAAAAGUUUAGCAGCCAUGUAAUUGAAAAGUGCCUUGUGGUAUGUAAUGAUGAAACACGGUCAAAGAUCAUCCAUGAAUUGCUCUCUGCCCCUUACUUUGAGCAGUUGAUUCAGGAUCCUCAUGCAAAUUAUGUUGUCCAAACAGCUCUUCGAGUUACUGAGGGAUCUGUACACAGUUCUUUACUGAAUGCAAUCGAAUCAUACAAGAUGGUCUCAAGGAAUAGUCCAUAUUCCAAGAGGAUCUUCUCUCAUAAGGUUUUGAAGAGGUGAACUGCAGUCUCCUUCCAGUGUUGUCUGAGUCCGACUCCAUAUCCUAACAUGCUCCACGUGUGAUUAGUUUGCUGUCACUCGUGCUCAGAAAGGACCAGAUCUUUUGUCAAUCUUGCUCAAAACUGCUUUGGCCCAGGUUUUUGCUUACCAGAAGAGUGUAAAGAAACGCAAUCAUUCCUCUAGUCACUUGAAACACAGGAUUGCUGGAUUUGUAUAAUUGUUUUUUGUUGUCAAGUGUACGCUCGAGUUAAGUUUUAUCCACGCACUCGUUGGAUACUCUCCAUUUGACUAACUUACAGUGUAUAUAGGCCGAAGUUAUGCAGUUUAAUUUGCAA